AUGGAAUCAACUGAACUUCCCCUACCGGAGAAAGUUCAGUUGAUUCAAUAGUUCUCUUGUUGCCUGCCAACAGCCCAAAAUCUAGGAAGGAGAACGACAGAUCUACGAAACAGGUGACCUUUGUCCCACCACGUGGAAAUGAAGCUGCAAAUUCUUCUGCGGUUCUUGCCGGCAGUGCUGGUUCUUCUGCUUUCUGAAGGUACCAGAGCUCAUCAGGCCCAGCCCCUUCAUCAUGGGUCCUUUUUCUUAAAUAUUGGCGCCCGAAACAAUCUUCCUCUUGCAAAGCAUGAGGUUCUCCCAGUUCCUGACUCUGCUCUGGAAGACCAAAACUCGUUCUGUCAAGAAGGUUGUCGAGAUGGCUGGAUGAGUUACACGGACCACUGCUACAUGUAUGUUCAGGAGCCACGGUCAUGGUCAGAAGCUGAGAGGGCUUGCCAGAGCUUCGUCUCAGGUGGACACCUGACCAGCGUCUCAAGCGCUGAACACAAUGACUUUCUGGUGAAGCUGGCCACUUACCUAGCACGAAAACCCGUCCUGUUCUGGAUAGGAGGAGACCACCGAAAGGGUGGGUCUCUUCGAUGGACCGAUGGCUCCAGGACAAAUUUCAUUCAACGUCCUCUCAGUUCCCUUCUUAAUAUCGUGGGUGGCACAAUUAAUCAGAUCCUAAACCUGAACAUCCGUGUCUGCUUGCAAAUCAGUUUAAUAGGCCAUGGUCGAUGGGAUGGCAACAACUGCCAAAGGAGGCUACCUUUUAUCUGCAGCUACAAACCAGAUCUGACGCCUCCAUAAUUUGCAUCCUUACUUCCUAACAGCCCCCCAACGGGGUCAGUCCUGAAAUGGAGAUAAUUCACAAGUAAUUUUUUUUUUUCCUUUCGAGAACAUACAACCCAGAAUACGCUGCUCUAAGUUCAAAUGCGAAAGGAUCAUUUAUCGGCUUGACUUAUGAUUGACUCCAGUCAUUAUUUUAUAGGGCCAUAAUAAACCGCAUUGUUUAAACGAAAUCUGCCUUGAUUUG